GGGGCGGGGCCUGAGGCGGCGGCGGGCUGCGUGAGGCGGCGGCGCGACGGAUCCGGGCCUGGCGGGGCCUGGCGGGGCCUAACGGGGCCUGGCGGGGCCCGAACGGGUCUGAAGGGCCUGGAGAGGUCCGAACGUGCGGUAACGGCGCGGCGAUGCCGUCGGAGAGGAGCGGCUGGGCCGGGCUGAGCGGCCUGCAGAAGGUGGCAGUGCUGCUGGGCCUCCCCGCCGGGGCCACCGUCCUCUACAUCGUGUACCGGCGGUACCGGGAGGGCCGAGAGCUGCACGUGCCCACGGUGGGGGCAGAGGAGCUGCGGGCGGAGCUGCGCGUCCCGCGGGCUGCGGUGAGAGCCAUCAUCGGUCGGAAGGGAACCACCAUCCGAAGGCUGCAGCAGGAGACGGGGGCCCGCAUCGACCUGGAGGGGGAAGACGAUGGUGAGGAGCGACUACUGCUGAUCUGGGGUUCGCCCAGCCAAGUGUGCAGAGCCAAAGCUGCUGUGCAUCAGAUUGUGGUGGAGAGCACACCGGUGUCGGAGCAGCUCCACGUGCCACAGAGAGCUGUCGGGAGGAUCAUCGGCCACGGCGGUGAGACGGUGCGCAGCAUCUGCCGCAGCUCCGGAGCUCAGGUGCAGUGCCAGCACCAGGCUGAGGCCAUGCUGGCACCGACGCGGCUCAUCCAGAUCUCGGGGACACAGCGGGAGGUGGAUGCAGCCAAGAAACUCAUCAUGGAGAAGCUGGUAGAGGAUGCAGUGUUCCGCCAGGAGCUGGCUCAGACCACGGUGCUGCGGAGCCACCGCAAGGAGCCCCUGGGCAGCCGCAGGGAAGCAUUGCUGCUGCCUGACAGGGAGCACGGUGCCGGGAAUGGGGGCCCUCUGCGAGGGGGGGCAGCCAUGGAGGAGCUGCAGGAUGGGAGUGAGGCAGCAGAAAAGCCGGCAGCGGUGCCAAAAUUUGAAGUCCCCAGCCCCGAUUUUAGCUUCCACGCAGAUGAGCACCUGGAGGUCUACGUCUCAGCUGCCGAAAACCCCAACCAUUUCUGGAUCCAGAUCAUUGGGGAGCGCAGCCUGCAGCUGGACAAGCUGAUCUCUGAGAUGACGCAGCACUACGAGGGCAGCGACUGCGUGGCGGAGCUGGAGGCCGUGCAGGCAGGGGACAUCGUGGCCGCUCCAUACACAGACAGCAGCAAUUGGUACCGGGCCCGGGUGCUGGGCACGCUGGAGAACGGCAACUUGGACCUCUACUAUGUGGAUUUUGGGGACAACGGGGAGGCGCCCCGUGAGGCUCUGCGAGUACUGCGGAGUGAUUUCCUGAGCCUGCCCUUCCAGGCCAUCGAGUGCAGCCUGGCUGGGAUCGUGCCUGUGGGGGAGCAGUGGGACGAGGCAGCGCUGGACGCAUUCGAGCGUCUCACCUACUGCGCCCAAUGGAAGCCACUGGUGGCCAAAAUCUCCAGCUACACCCAGGCCGGGCUGUGCACAUGGCCACGCAUCGCACUGUUUGAUGUCCACCACGGCGAGAGCCUCGACAUCAGGGCUGAGCUGGUGCGGCUGGGCCAUGCUGCACUGCAGCCCCAUGAGGAGGAGAAGGAAGGGGGUGGAUUCCCACUGCCAGUGACGGGGGGUGCAGCGGAGACACCGGAGGACAUGGUGUGCACCUCCCUCGAGAGCAUCCUGUCUGAGCUGCCACCAAGCCCCAGCGCCACACCACUGACCCUCUCCUGCAUCAGCCUGCUGGAUGAGAACACCGAGCGGCUGUGGGGCAAUGCAGAGCCCCCAGCCCCAGGGCUGCUGCUUGGCCCUUCCACUUCCUCACAGCCUCAGAGGGAUGACAGUAAGGCCCAGCCCAGCCCCGGCUCCUGGUGUCCCACAGCCCUUGGGGGCCCUGGAACCCUCCACACCGUGACACCCGAAGCGCCGUGUCCCAUCACCUGGAGCGGAGCCCUUUCUGCCAACAGCCGCCCAUCCUUCUCCGAUGGGGACUCUGCUUCUGUCUUCUGCACCGACUCCAUGCGCUACACCAACUUCUCUGUCUUCUCCAGUAGCCCCUGGCCUGGGGCCAACCCCUUCCCCGGCCCCAUCCCCAUCAGCUCUGGGGGUGAGGAGGAGGGCAGAACCCCACAAGGAGGUGCCUCAGUGACUGGCAGCAGUGGCAGUGCGGUGCCAGCGCGGAGCUCCCCGUGAUGGCCUGACCUCGGUGAGCCGCACUGUCCUCCCUAUAGAGCUUCCUCCCUGCUCCUGGGGCUGGAAAUGGGACAGCUGGGGCACAGAAGGGGGGAAUGUCACUCCCACAGCCACACUCUGCCUCCAGAAGGGGAUGACUCUUUGUGGAGGGACACCAAGCAUUGCCACCACAAAUAAAUGACCCCAAAGUAUAGAGGUCAGGGGCUGAUGGUGUGUAUGGACCCCACAGAGCUGUUUCUACCCCUACUGGCCGCAGCGUUGGAUGCUUUUUGAGAAGCGAAGUGCCUGCCCCAUAUCACAGCACCCCCCGCAUCAACAGCGCCCGUUUCACUACGAGUUGCAUCUCUACACCGACUCGGAACUGCUUUCCAGCUGCCCUCUGUAACCACCGGAGGGGACAAACCCGGCCGCGGUGUCCCCAAAUCUCCCCCGGGAUGCCUCGGCCCCCCUCUGGAAGCCACUGCCCUGCUGCGUUCCCAGGGCCGCUCCGUGCCUCGUUCUUCGUGUUCCCCGUUGGGUCGGUGAUGCUGUGGUCACCGUGGGGGUGCCUUUCACAUUGUUGUCUCCGCGCCGUUGCGGUUUGGUUGUUGUUGUUUUCACCCCGCUGAGGGGAAGAGCUGUUUGGUUUCCUGGUUGAAUAAAGCCCAGAGGGCACUGAAUGCA